AGCCCUUCUUUGAGUUUUUCCUUCCCCCAACUAAUGUAAUCAGUUGCAGAUGACGAAGAUUGAGAGCUCCGGCGACUCAUCUCGGCCAUGGGAGUCGUAUCACACCGUCUACACCACCGCCAAAGCAGGAAUGGAGGGUGUGGACAAGGAGAAAGUACAGAGAGUUGUAUAUGAAAUGAGCAAAGGAUCGAAGUAUUUUGAAAACGAGGAGCGUAAGGAUGCCUAUAUCAAGCAGAAGAUUGAGGAUAUGCGUGUUCAGUCUUCCAAGCUUACUGCUUCAGACUUGUCGCAUUAUCAGAGGGUUGCUGACAAAAGGAUAGAAGAGAUGGAAGCAUCACGUGAUUUAUCAAGGAUUUGGUUGCACGUCGACAUGGAUGCUUUCUAUGCCGCAGUAGAGACACUUAGCGAUCCUUCUCUAAAGGGAAAACCAAUGGCUGUCGGCAGCAUGUCUAUGUUAUCUACUGCUAACUAUGAGGCAAGAAGAUUUGGUGUUCGUGCUGCAAUGCCUGGUUUUAUUGCUUGCAAAUUAUGUCCAGACCUCAUAUUUGUUCCCACAGAUUUUAAGAAGUAUACUUAUUACAGUGAUUUGACUAGAAAAGUUUUCCAGAGAUAUGAUCCCAACUUCAUGGCUACAAGUUUGGACGAGGCAUUCCUAGAUAUAACAAGUGUAUGCAAAGAAAGGAAUCUUAAUUGUGAGGAGAUAGCUGAAGAAUUAAGAAAGUGUAUUCAUGAUGAGACAGGCCUCACAUGUAGUGCAGGAGUAGCACCCAAUCGCUUGCUUGCUAAGGUUUGUUCAGAUAUAAAUAAACCAAACGGGCAGUUUGUACUAAGAAAUGACCGCAUAGCAGUGAUAACAUUUAUAUCAUCACUUCCGAUCAGAAAGAUUGGCGGAAUUGGUAAGGUAACCGAACAUCUAUUAAGGGAUGUUUUUGGAAUCACAACGUGUGCCGAGAUGCUAAAGAAAAGCGCUUUCCUUUGUGCGCUAUUUUCUCAUUCAUCAGCAGAUUUUUUCCUCUCUGUCGGCCUUGGCCUUGGGGGAACAGAUACUCCUCAAGCUAGGCUGCGUAAAAGUAUCAGCAAUGAGAGAACAUUUUCUGCCACGCAUGAUGAGACAUUGCUUUACCAGAAAUUAGUGGAUCUUGCAGAAAUGCUUUCUGCUGACAUGAAAAAGGAAGGCCUUUAUGGGCGAACGUUAACACUGAAACUCAAAACGGCAUCAUUUGAGGUUCGUACUCGAGCCGUGACAUUACAGAAAUAUAUAUGCUCAAAUGAGGAAAUCUUGAAGCAUGCCUCGAAGCUACUAAAGGCUGAACUGCCUGUAUCUUUGAGAUUGAUUGGCUUACGAGUAUCUCAGUUGAAUCUUGGCAAGGACAUCAUUCCAUCUGAUCCUACUCAGAAAACACUUUCCAGUUUUAUUCUAUCGGCAGAGACUUGUCAAAAUGAAAUAGAUAGAAACAUGUCCAUGGGAUCCGAUAUUAGUGAUCAACGUUUCAUCGAUCAUGAGGAAACUUGUGUUCCCAUUGACAACCAUGAGAUAUGUGACAAAGAUCUUGAAAGUGAUGAAUUUCUUCCUACCAAUGAAUCUAAAGAUGAAAUAUUUACUAAGCCUACAGAAAGAUUCCUGGUUAAUGAUUCUCAAAUAAGGGACAUUGUUAAGCAAGAAAGCAAGGUUGAUUUUACUAAAGUGAUGGGUGACGAUUUCUUCUCUCGGUCAAGAAAGAUGGAAAAGGGUGACAAUACUUCAAUUAAUAGUAUAUUUGUGUGGGUUGAUGACUAUAAAUGCUCACUAUGUGGAGUUGAACUACCACCUAGUUUUGUGGAGGAAAGGCAAGAACAUUCAGAUUUUCAUCUUGCCGAGAAAUUGCAAGAAGAGGAGUCAACCAACCAUGUGGAAAUCCAUCCUCUUAAAGAAAGGUUUACCCAGAAAGAGGAGCGAAUUACAAGCCAAAGCAGAAAUAAGAAGCAGAAAUCAUCUCCUGCAGGAGGCAAACAUUUACCAAUUGAUAUGUUCUUUCCAAGAAGUAAUAAAAACUUGUAGCAAGUACUCAUUUGGUUGUUAUAAUACAGGCAUAGAAACUGUAUAUAAAAUUUUAAAUCACUUUAUAUGUAUCUCUAACUGUGUUGAGUUAAUAAUAAUUUUAAACCCUCAA